UGCGCUUAAGGUGUGGUCUAAAAGACCCGGAUGUUCUACAUACCUGGAAGUGCAACAGUUUGUUGCUACGUUUUUGGGUGAACAUUAUCAAGAACCCGGAGUUUGUGUUUGAUGUUCACAAACCACUUAUUGUCGACUCCUGUCUGUCUGUUGUUGCUCAAACACUAAUGGACAGUUGCUCUACAGCUGAUCUUGUUCUUGGUCCGAGUUCACCAUCAAAUAAACUCCUGUUUGCCAAAGAAAUACCCAAAUACAAAUCUUUGGUACGUCAGUACUUUGAAAACAUGAAAAUGGCGCCAGCAAUCAGUGACCAAGACCUUAAUUCGUACCUUACACAAAAUGUAUCACAGAAAUUUUACGGAAACACCAACCAAUCAAGUGCUAUAAUGCAGAUGUAUAAAUACGCAGCCAAAUACAAGAAUGAGAUUUAUAAAGAGAUGAGCAAUCCAGAAACACCUUCCCCUGGAAGUUUUUCAACUCUCGUACCAAAGCUGGAGUCUGUUUUUAAAGCCAUGGAUUGCUAGAUACAAUAUAGAAGAAUAUCUCUAUAUAAAGAUUUGUAGAAACAUACUUACAGGUGUAUAAAUGAUCGUAUGGGACAUUCAGAAACUAAGAAAACAGGCGGAAUGAAAUUAAACAAAUAUUCUAUAAACUAUGAAAAGAAAGAGUUUAUACACCAAAUCUUACAUGUUACGUUCUUGUAAAAUUUACACAUAUGCUAAUAUUCUUAUCAUGAUAAUACAUAAUAAUCAACUACCUAUGUGUAGAUAUUAAAUUGUAAGUUGUGCACAUGAAUGAGCAUGUAAUUGUUUCCGUUUUCUUUGAAUAUGUCAUUUCCUUGUCAUUUUUAUUAAAGAUAUUGAAAAUCAAUCCUUUAAAAAAAAAAAUCGACACUUAAUUCGCAAAUUUAAAAUUUAUAGAAUAGCACUUUUCAAGUAAGUGUACAAGACAUUUGAAAUCGGCUAGGGUAUUUUAAAAUCAUAAGUAAUAAAAAGAACAGAAAUGCAACAUCAAAUAUAAUCAUGUAUGAACGUAUUCUAAAGAGGUGUAUAAAUAAAAUUACUUUUGCAUAAAUUUUUUGAAUAUUGAUGUGUGAGGUUAAACUUAAAUCUUAUCAAAUGCUGUUUUUUUUCUAUUAACAAUGUAAAACAUAAAUUUCUAUUUAUUUUUCGAAUAUUUACCUGAUAAUAUAAAUGCUAUGUAUUUGGUAAGAGUUUCUGUUUUCGGAAGUGAACUGUCACUUUUUGUGUGUGAUUGAUUGUUUUUUUUCUGUUUUAUGUUGUUUCUGUUUUGUUUUUAGUGUAUGUUGUUUUGUCACUGUAAUACAACACUUUUUGCUACUGCAACACCCAACUGAUAAAAUGACGUCAGUUUCAAAUUUAAAGCAUUUAAUUGUUAGCAAAAAAGAGAGAAAAUAAGUCUAGUGUAUAAACAUAGUAAAAAUAAGUCCUGCGUUCAAUUGUUAAAUCUUAUUUGUUUAUAUUUAUUUAUAAAUCGUAUAUUGCUUUUUUUAAAUUCUAAAUGAUAUCAAGAUUUAACAUGUCAUUUUAACAUUGGAUAUGCCGUUAAAAUAAUUAUUCAAAAAUUUACAUUUUUAUAGCAGUCGCAAGAGCAUUAUAUGUAAAUCUUUGGUGUUGGGGAGUGUUUAAGUAUAGGUUAGUGUUUAAUAAUACGUAUUAACAAAAAUAAUUGGUCAAGCCUGCCGCAGGCAACAUUAUUUUUUUUUCAACCAAAAACAAGGCAUUUCUCUAAAUCACCGAUAGCUCCGCCCUUUCGCUCUACAAUAUAUCUACACCUUGUCAAGUUUCUAACAUGUCACAUUAAGAUAAGUUAAAUAAAUGGCCCUUUCAGCAUAUAAUCAGGUACAUUUUUUAUUGAAAUAAAUGUAUACUUUUAUCUAUUGUAAGACUAUCAUGUUUCUAUAAAAUAUCUGAAAAAAACAGCGAAGAAAAGAGGAAAACGAUGCAAUUAGGUAAAACAAUGGAGUUAAUGAAAUGUGUACAUCCUUUUAAAAUAAAUGGAAAAUGUGAGAAAAAUACAUUAGAGAUUAUUAAUCAAUUGAUAUGCUUCAAGUUAUUCACUAACAUUUAAAAUCCCUAUUGAUUUGCUCAUUUGAAAAACAGUUCAUUUUUUUUAUUUUUCUGUGUGUCAAUUUAGGUUAACAGGUGGAUGGGGUCCAUUUUCAAUGAGUUUCCCAGCCAAAAAUGUAAUCACUGUAUUCUUAAUAUCAAGGAUUGUUAAUGCAGUUCAUUCCUAUCAAGUGAAAGAAAAUAAUGUUUUGGUUACUUUUUCUAGAAAUUAUGAAGUUUAAAAGAGUCAGCAAUUUACAUUUUUCUUAGAGUUAAAAAGAUAUAAAACAAAAUACUAUGUAAUCAUUUGAGCCGCGUCACGUCAAAACCAACAUAGUGCGUUUGCGACCAGCAUUGAUCCAGACCAGCCUGCGCAUCCGCGCAGACUGAUCAGGAUCCAUGCUGUUCGCCAUCAGUUUCUCUACUUGUAAUAGGGUUGGUAAGAUAAAUUAAUUGAUUGUAUCCUCCUCACAUUUAAAAACACCUGACCUCGCCUUAUUUUUUUACGUUGGCAUUGUUUUGCUCACCUAGAUAUUUUACAAUUCUACAAUUCAGAGUCUAACUCCUCCCUAAUAUAAUGCAUUAUUGAAAUGUGUUAGACUGGGUUAGACGACAGAUUAAGUAAUUUUAUUUAGUUAGUACACAUUAACCAAAGUUAGACUUAGCAGAAAUUUGAUAAAUACUAUGAUUAGACAAAAAAUAAUGUUGAUCAUUAAACAUGAUGACUGUAGGCACUCUAUACAUUUCCUGAACAACGAAUAUAAUAUGCCGAGAGAUUUGUAAUAUUUCAUACAAACGUUUCUAAAAUAAAAUAUUAAUUGGAUCCUAUGAGACAAUUAAAAUAAUUUGCAGAUAGGAAUUAACUAGAUAUAACAUUGUUUUUAAUAAACAUACUAUAUGUACAUGUAUUUGUUAUAUUUUGCCAAACAAUUUAACUUAUAUUGUUUACCAUGCUGUGCUGUGAAAACACUUGAAAUUGUAUCAUUACAGGACAGGAAUGUACGAUAUAUAUUAUAAUUUUGAUACAUUUGUUCUAUUUGAUCAGUUCAGUUUCUGCGAUAAAAGUCACGUGGUCAUAUGGAUGAACCAUCCAAGAUUUUGAUAAUCACAUGUAUGUUGUAAAUAAUGAGUUUUGUUAAGUGAGCAUUCAGAUCAAUCCAAUUCGUUUAAGUGCACAUAAAAUGGACAUGCAUCAGUACAUGAUGCAUGAAAUACCACACAACUUUAUAAAAUAUGCACCUGUAGCAUUGAUGUUGUCUUUGUUUUUUUUAGUAUAUUUUUUGUAUUGUAUAUUUAUAUGCACUUAGCUGUAAAGCAAACUCUCUCUCUGUAAUUAUAAAAACCUUAAAUAAAUUAUUACUCGUAGAUU